AUGCUGAACAAACCCAACCUGAAGGAGAACAUUCGAAUCUUUAUUGUCCAUCGAGGAAGCUUCUGCUGGGCUGUUUGCCUUUGUUUCCUGCUACCUACGCUCGUCGACAAUACUUAUGCGCUACUACCAAGCUGCUUGACGGAGAACAAGUUUGUUCUUGACAGAGAUUUGCUGGAUCAAUUUGUGAUUCUUGACUUCCCUCGCACGCAUCCGAAUGCCAUCAUCGAAGUGGCUUCAAAAGUUCUUUUUGCAGGGGGAAAGAAUCCGGUAGAAGGGGAGACGAUAUGUGCUGAUAUAGAGGAGUUGAAGCAGAUAGCCGCCGCCAUGGGAAUCUCUAUUGCAAGAUCGAGGGUGAUGGAGAUGAUUCGCAAGGCGAAUUUAGUGCGAGCAGAGAGGAUAGCUCAGAAGAGAAUCAGCCUGUCAUCGCAUGUCUACGAGGAAGCUCUCCGGUUGGAUCCCAGCCACUGGUCGCUGCUGGUGCUUCUGGGAAACUCACAGCUGUCUGAAGGGCGAACAAAAGAUGCUGUGCAGAAUCUGGAGAUUGCGAUUGGCGGUCUGGAAAAUGAUUGUUGCGAAUCUUGCGAAGCAUCAAGAGUACAAGAGCUGAAUCGUGCAAGAUAUCUAUAUCUCAUUGCAAUCAGUCUGCAGCACAACACAGAAAUGACAAACGCUCAAACGGACGAGUUCUACAAGUCGUUGACUCAUCAUUCUAAGAAUUUGUUGAGCCAUGAGGUAGAGUCAGAUGCUGUAUGGUACUUGCUGGGGAAAUUGUUUUCAAGGCUUUCUAGAUGGAAUGGUAGCAGGAAAGUGGUCUUUGCGGAGGUUUGCAUGAACACUGCAAUGCGGUUGUUCCACGAAAAAUCUCUCUUGAAGAUCACCACGGAGAAAGACAACCCGCAGAUUUUGCAUCCUCGGACAUGGCUUCCUCGAUACGCAGAUAUCAACAAUGGCAGGUUUGAUCCCUCCAGCAAUCCCGUGCACCACUCAGACCCAUCAUGUCGGCAGCUGUCGCAGAUCAAGGAAUGGAGACGGGAAGGUCACAAUAGACUCACCCAAACUCGUUUCCUCGUCUACACGCCAGGAGCAGAAGGAUGGGGUAACAGAGCUCUCGUCCUUUCCUCUGUGUUGUUGUUUGCCAUGCACACUGAGGCACCCUGCUUCUCAGAACUCCGAUGCCCCUUUUCACAAGGCGAGGCUCCUCGAGCAGCGUCGCUGUCAGCUGACGGCCUUUCUAGGCUAGGGAAACUUCUGCUGACGUGUGGGGAAGGGACAGAGUGCAGCUUUCACGGGUCCAGGCUGCAUGAUGGGGACAAGCGAGUCGGCGGCCCUUCCGUGGUCUGGUACCAGAGCCUUGGAUCGUUCCUACUCGCUCUCGGCACCUUAGAGGUUCGAGCAGGAGCAGUUAGCAAGGACGGACAAGUUGAAGGGGAGGGGACUGGACAGAGCAAGGAUGGAGCGAGGGAUUACCAGUGGGCUGCACGACUUUGCAAGGCAGCAGGGAAGAUAUCCGCCGCCAUGGACGACCUGAAGCAGAGCGCUGCUGCAUGUUGGAAGAAAGGGCAGGGUUCUUCCAUCCCUUUCCUCGGUGUUGCGCUGCGCACGGGAACGAGAUCGCACGCCGGAGCAGCGCUGGUGGAGGAGGGACAGCAGGUCGACAGCUACUCGUAUCUCGACAAUGACGGCGACAUGACGUUCAUGACCUGCCUGACGUUGCGCAUCGCUACGAGCAACCUGACAACAGUCUACGUCUCGACAGAUGACCCUCAGGGGUCGUUGAGGUCGCCAUGGGAGCUCGCCCUGCUCGACUGGUUCAUGAUGGCCGAGGCUGCGGACGCUGUCUUGACCCACGGGAGCACAUUCGGCUUGACCGCUAUCUCCCGAGGCAUCUCCACUCAUCCGCUGGCCAUGAAUCCUAUUUCGGUUAAGACAACUGAUCUUUCAUGCACUCGUCGCCUGGAGACGACUGAGUUGAUUCCUUCCUGGGCACGAUGA